CGUACCAGUAGAUGGCGGUAAUGCACUACACUGUGGCUUGCGUCCAUAAAACUCACGAAGAAGACGACGACGACGACGGAGAAGAAGAAGAGGCUCCUGGAUGGGGUAAGCAUGGUGGUCAACCUCUGCCUGCCACACUUUAAAACCACUGCUCACUGCAAUAAGCUAUGUGCAGAUGGCUGUGAUGUUUCCAAUCUUCUGUCUGGGGACCCUGCAGCUUUGCGGCGAGGUUGCAGGCUGGAGUACUUCCUCCGUCCUCCACUACAUGUGACCCUGCACUUCCAAGUGAGGGUCGAUUUAUACCGUGUGGAUGUUGAACUUUUGCCCUGUGGUAAUGCCCCUAGGAGACUUGAGAUUCUUACCUGCUCUGAGGUAAAACCUGCUAACACCUCAGAAAAUGAUCAUGAGAGAGGACCGUUUAAGCUUGUUGGACGUUGUGAGCUGAGGGAGGAAGUGCUCACAUGUUUUAAGCAUCCAAAUUUUAAACUCCGAGCUCCCUUCCCUGAGUGCCCAUCCGACCCUCCAGCCCAUGCAAAGCAGCAGGAGCUCUGGAGCCGUGGAUCUCAGUCACUUAGCUCAGUGGCCCAACUUCGGAUCACUAUCCCCUUUGGUGGGGGUUCUUCAGCGCUGGGAAUCAAGUCCUUGGCGGUGUGGGGUGUUCCUGCUCGCUGCUGUUCUCUUUCAGAACUAGAACAAUUUCAGAAGGCCCAUUUUGACAGCUUGCAACCAAAGCUUUCUAGUUUUUCAUUUCUUUCACCAGUUUCUACCUCAGCCAGAUCUCCUAGGCCAGACAAUCCUUCCUCAGAAACAACUAUACCUGAGGAGUUUCUGGACCCUCUGACUCAGGAGCUUAUGGUUCUCCCCAUGAUCUUGCCCAGCGGGAUGGUUGUGGACAAUAGCACCUUGGAGGAGUACCAAAAACAGGAAGCUGCUUGGGGACGGAUGCCUAAUGACCCCUUCACUGGUGUUCCUUUUACGAAAGACUCGAAACCGCUUCCUAACCCUCUCCUUAAGAGUCGGAUUGACAGCCUGCUGCUACAGACUGGCCACAAAGGAAUCAGAAGCAAGAACAGUCUACUGAACAAACCUCAACCAUCCAGACUCAUCUGUGCAUCAGUGUCUCAAACUGACUUGCCUGGUGUUCAAAGCUCGCAAGCUGAGACACAGACCCAGCAGGUUCACUCAGUGAACACAGAGAUGCUACAAAAACACACUGUCAAUGAAGAAAAAAAUCAUAGUAGACUAAUUAAGAAUCAAUCCAGAAGUUUUGAUGAUCGGCAAGGCCUUAUACUGGGGUCUUCUGCUGGAACCUGCAGUAUUAGAAGGGAGAACUUAAUACAGUCGAAUAAAAGGAAAUGUCAGUCAAGCUUUUCUUCAACUAGUGAACAUUUGUUGACCAAAAUGCCAAGAACAGAUGCAAGCAUCACUGUCCCCGCAGAAACAAACUCUCAUGAAGAGCGUCUGUCUCAGAGUUUAGACCAGGCAUUAAGCUCUGCUCUGCAUGGUUUACCUACAUAUACCUCACAAAGCAACCUGGAGCCAGACACCACAGGAGGUCAGGGCAGAUGUGGCUCAUGCUCUUGUUCCUUGACUAUUUACUCUCCAAGCCCUGUGGCUUACUCCCUUCCGUGUGGGCACCUGCUGUGCCGGCAGUGUCUGCAGCAUGAACACACUUCGAGGUCACAGAGACUGCCAAUUACAUGCCCUACAUGUCAAGCAUGUGCCUCACCCAGUACAAUCAUAAGGGUGCACCAUUAAACAUCAUUUACUGCUUAUUAUGAAACUCUGUGGUAUUAUGUCUGUCAGAUAAGUUCUCACAGACAUAAUAUGCUGCUCUCAACAGUAGCAACAAGAGGCAAUUGUUACUGAAUAUGUAAUUUUUUUUCUUCUUAUGGUCCAAUAAAUUUCCAUGAAAAAUGAA